AUGAAUCCAAUCCAUCAACAACCAUACUAUGAAGCAAGUGAUGGAAUUAGUUCCACCACAACAGUAAAUGGCAGGAAUCAACCUAUUUCUUUGUUGGGUACCAAUUUCACUACUCGUAGGAAUAGUGACGCGUCUGGUCUAGAGCCGAAUCUCGGCCGAACUAAAGAUUCUUUCUUAGACGACAGUGCGGGUGUUGACAACGACACUCAAGCAAGGGCUUCUGGGGCUUCGUCGAGUGGUGUUCGUGUAACAGGUGUGGAGGAGAACCGCAAUCGUGUUGAGACCAGCGGGACGACCGCGACCCUCUCACCACCUCAUCGAACGUCCUUCCCGGGGUUGACAUUCCCCACCCCGGCAGUGGGUCGUCCUCCAAAGGCACCCAUCCCCUCUACACCCUCUGAAGCUCCCUUGUCUACCCUUGACUACGCCGAGAUUGAGCUCAAACAGAACGAGCUGCGUCACGCCGUGGGGAAUCGAAUUCAGUCCCUGGAGCGGACCCUCGCCGUGCGGGAGGAGGCCCUGUUACAUCUCCACACCCAAUUGCGGACCCUCGAGGAAGAUUACCAGUACAACUACGGCUUAAUCGUGGAACGGGACGAGUCCCUGGAGGAGAGUUCCCAGCAGCUCCAGCGUCUGUAUCAGGAGUUAAAGCGGGUCACCGUCGAGGCCACGGUGUUCGAGCAGAAGCUGCGGGCCUCGGAGAAGGAACUAUCCCGCAUGAAGCAGUGGGUGCGGGACGUGGAGGACGACCGGGAGUCCACCCUGCGGCGGCUUCAAAAAGAGUAUUUUGUGAAGGAGCAGCACGUUCAGAGUGUCUUCAAAGAGAAGGAGGCUGCACUCGAAGAGGAGCGCCAGCGGGUUCACGCGCAUUAUAUGCUGCAGAUGCAGGAAAUCGAAGAAAGCCGUCGUGAGAUGGAGGGCUACACGGCCAAUGUGACCUCAGAGUGUACGCAACGCCACCAACAGGCCAUGGAACGUCUUCAGGCAGAGCUUGAAGGAGUUCGGAAAAAACUGCAGUCCGCUACAGAAGCAGGUGAUGAGUGGACCAAUCGCACCCGACGUGCGGAGGGGGAGGCUGCGCUUCUUAGAAAACAGCUUGAUCUGCAGGCGCAGCGCCAGGGUGCAGCGAUGGACGAGGUCUUGCAGACUAACCGCAGUCUGGAAAGCCAGAUUGCGCAGUUAAACCUGCAGCUAAACAAAGGGUUGACCUCGGCCGAAAACACUAUCCGCGAUGAAGUACAGAAAAACAGCCGCCUGGAGCUAGAAAAGACCAAUCUGCAAACCAAACUGACCGAGGUUCAUGAGCACAUUCAGCAGUUACUUUCUCAAAGAGAGGAGGAGGUUUUGCGCUAUUCAUCCGAACGUCACGAACUUCAGUUAAACUACCAGAACGCUCAGAGAGAAAUGGAGGUCAUUCGGGAAGGAUGGCGUGAGGCGGAGCAGCGACUACACGCUGCUUUGACAUCCAAAGAAGAUGAACUGGGUCACUUUGUGCGGGAUAAGGAAGAAUUUGAACGUUUUCAGCGAGUUAUGCAACAAAAGUUGACUGAGAAGGAGAGGGAACUUGCCGAGAAUCAACAGGAGUUGGUUAGAUUAUCGGAUCAAGUAGAGCGUUGGAAAGCCGCUGAAUCUAUUACUGCUACUAGAGACCGCCAAGAAGUGGCAGGGCUCCAGGAAAAGUUGCUAAACUUGGAGCUGGGGUUGCAGGUAGCUCGGGAUGAGGCAGAGGUCAGUAAACGCAACGCGUUGAACAUACAGGAGCGAAGUCAGGAGGAACUGGCACGAUUAGCACGGGAGCUACAUGCAAGCGAGGCUGCACGACACGCUCUUGAGGAUCAGUUUCAUCGCUUUCAGGACCAUAAUUCUCAGGAAACACUCAUCAAUUCGUUGUCCUACGAAAAGGAGAUUCUUGGAAAACGCAUUUUAGAUUUAGAGCGUACCAAUUCAGAGAUACGCGAGCAGGUAGCUAAUUUCACCUUGGAGCUUCAGAAUGACCCGGUGGUAAAGUCGGCCAGAGAGAUGCACCGCCGGGUAGACCAGCUACAGCAGGAUUUGCUAGAGUCCAACAGUCUCAACCAAAAGCUGCAGAACGUGCUUAAAGAAAAGGAAGAGGAGCUAGCUCGUUACCAAGUGGAUGUCCUGCGCGCACAGAUUUUGCUUUCUAACGGAGAAGACGCUACGGACAACCCUGAGGCACUUGACAACGGCUUCUCUGGAUUGUUGAUGCAGUAUCAGCGUGAAUGGGCCAAUCAGCGCACGCGAUUAGAUAGUAGGGAUCGCGUCCGUAAACAUAACGGAUGUAGUCGACGUCAUAAGAGUCACCUUGGUGCAUCUUCUAGAAGCCGAAGCAGCGCUAACAAUUCUAGCGACACCAGUCAGUCCAACAGAUCAGAAAAAGAAAAUUCGCGUUCUAUGGUAAAACAAAAAUCUCCUAAAAGGGGUGAUAGAAACAGCGAUAAUGCUAACAAUUUUGUUGUUUCUUCAUCGUCACUGUUUCGAUCACCAGCGAACGCGAGAAAUCUCGAUUGUUUGGGAUCUGGUGAAGUACUGCUUAAGGAAGCGGAAGUGUGGAGGCAGAAAUACUACCAACUUGAACAGCAUUUGCGUAAGGUGCUCCUUGAGCGCGACCGCUUGUCUCAGGAGCUUCAGCUUACUAAACAGGAUGUUGUGGCAUUAUCUGGUGAAAAGCAGUCUUUGCUUGAUCUCAAUUCCUUGCUUAAGGCACAACUGAGAGAGGCAUACCGGACUGCCUACGAAGUUAAUCUCGCCGCUAAUGGUGCGAUGUUUUCACCAACGAACUCACAGCUGCCUGUAAAUUCAUCCAAGCGACAGGAUGUGAUGACAUCUUUGUCGGACCAGCCUUCCGCAGCUGCUUGCACAUUGUCGAAUAGGCCGCAGGAGAAGAAGCAAAGUGGAUCUUUUUUAGUCAGGUCUCGUGUUCAACCAGGGAAGUUUAGGGAGGAAAACUUACGUAAUGUAAAAAUGACACAUUCAGCCCCCGAAACUAAAGAGCACGGUAGUGGUGUUGGCUUGAUUCCCGACAAAGAUAUUGAGGAACAAGUCAGUUCUCCUCUCGUUUCCUCCGCUGUCGUAGAACCUUUCGACCAUCAUCAACAUGAGCGUCUUAAAGCUUUAGAGGAAGAAAUUCGUUUUGUCAAAAAUCAGAUCGCAAACACUGUGUAUCAGCAACAACAAUCCCGACAGCAGUCCACAACGACGCGUAAUGCCCGCCGGGGACUUGGAGCAGAUGAGGGGACAUCAGUGAUCCGAAAGGGUGGCCAAGCUGUACGCCAUUACGGAUAUCAUUGA